AUGAAGAAGGAGCAUGUGCUGCACCGUCAGUUCUCCGCCUGGUAUCCACUGUUCGGAAGCCUUACCAUCAAGAGCAUCAUUCUUCCACUUCCUCAGAAUGAGAAGGAUUAUUUACUCCACGAUGGAACUCUGGUAGUUUCAGGAAGGGAAGAUCCACCAACACAUUCUCAACCAAACAGUGAUGAUGAGGCAGAAGAAAUACAGUGGUCGGAUGAUGAGAACAUGGCUACGCUUAUGGCACCGGAAUUGCGCGAGUUCACCACGAAAGUCCAAGAAGCUAUCAAUUCCCUGGGGAGCAGUGCAUUUCCUAAGUUUAACUGGAGUGCCCCAAGGGAUGCAUACUGGAUAGCAAUGAACAGUUCUCUGAAAUGUAAAACCCUCCGCGACAUCUUUCUGUUGUUCAAGAGUUCUGAUUUCAUCACUCGUGACUUCAUUCAGCCAUUUAUUCAUUGUAUUGAUGAUUCUCCAGAUCCUUGUAUAGAAUAUGAGCUUGUUCUUCGAAAAUGGUGUGAAUUAAUUCCUGGGGCUGAGUUCCAAUGUUUUGUCAAGGAAAACAAGCUUAUUGGUAUUUCUCAAAGGGACUAUACACAGUAUUAUGAUGAUAUUUCUAAACAAAAGGAAGAGAUUUGCAGAUGCAUACAAGACUUUUUUAAGAAACACACACAAUACAAAUUUUUGGAUGAAGACUUUGUGUUCGAUAUAUAUAGAGACAGCAGGAGGAAGGUGUGGCUGAUUGAUUUUAAUCCGUUUGGUGAGGUAACUGAUUCACUGCUGUUUACUUGGGAAGAAUCCAUAUCUGGAAGAAACUUAAAAGGUGAUUUUAGUGAAGGAGAUGCUCUGGAGCAGGAUUCUCCAGCUUUCCGUUGCACAAACAGUGAAGUGACGGUUCAACCCAGUCCCUCUCUGAGUUACCGACUUCCCAAGGACUUUGUAGACCUGUCUACUGGAGAGAAUGCUCACAAACUCAAAGAUUUUCUUAAACUGAAAAGAAAUCAGCAAGAUGAUGACUGAUUAGAGUGCCAGAGUUAAGUCCGAGGUAAAGAGGAAACCACCCUGGCAUCAGGAGCCUGCUCUGAGCUCACAACUUCCUGUUACCCCACUCAGGUUGGGGUGGGAGGCAGAGUGAAAUCAAUAGCUUUUUAUGUCCAUGUAUAUUAAGCUGGGGAAAAAAUGGAGGGACUUUACUAUUUGUAAAAAUAAAUAAU